UUUCAGCUUGCGACAAUUAAUAUGCACGUAUCGGACAGUUAACACUUUACUUCAGAUAACAGUGAUGCUCUCGAGUCUGGGCCGUGCGCCUUUCUGAGAAAUAGCAGCACGCCAGAAAAGCGUCAGGUUUUGUUUUUGUUUUUUUCGGCAACUUGGCAACUCAUCACUCCAACAAGGAUUUAACAGUGAGCGCGCGCGAAGCGCUUUUCUAUUGCCGACUUGAUUUUGUAGGUAUCAUCAUGGAACUGAAAAAGAUCCAGACGCAAUGCGAGUAAGUGUGGGAUAAUGUUGAUUGAAUCGCCUUCUGCAGUCGUGAUGGAAUCACUGUGAUUUCUGAUUCUCUAUGUUUGGACAUCAAAUGGCAGAGAUAUAAACUGCAUGGGCUCCGAGAGCUUGGAGGAAGAAUAUUUGUUUUAAAAAAUAAAAAAAAUCUAAUUCUAUACGUUGGGGAUUUUGGGGAAUAAGCAAUAUUGCGUUGACAUUUUAGGAAUAAAACACUGCAAUCUUCCAGGCUGUGUUGUGUAACACACAGAACCGCGACAAUGGAGCACACGGGAAUCGAAGAGGUGAACCAGACCCACCAGCAGCACGAACCCAUCAGUUUUGGAAUAGAUCAGAUUCUGAAUGGCUCCGACCAGCCGAGCAGCUGCAUGUUGCCGAGCCGAAUAGGUGACUCGGACUACUCGCUCGCACCUAACGUCUACAACGGCUACAACAGCGUGUACAAUCCGGCCUGCUCGAUGGCGGCGGGACUGGCGGGUUCCUACAACGUUAACAUGAACAUGAAUGUGAGCAUGAACAUGAACGUUAACGUGAACUCAGGGAAUUCAGGCGGUGUCAUCCGAGUCCCGGCACACAGACCCAUGCCACCCGCACCUCACCCGCCUACAACUGCCCAUCCACCGGGCUUCGCGGCAGGGAUACCCACAGUGCCCAAUAUGGGUAACCCCUCCAGCUUCACGUUCCCCUGGAUGGAGAGCAGCAGAAGAUUUGCGAAGGAUCGGUUGACCGCUGCCCUUUCACCAUUCUCCGUGACUCGACGAAUCGGCCAUCCGUACCAGAACCGAACUCCGCCGAAACGGAAAAAGCCCCGCACGUCGUUCAGCCGCGUGCAAAUCUGUGAGCUGGAGAAACGGUUCCACCGGCAGAAAUAUCUGGCGUCAGCGGAGCGCGCAACGCUCGCCAAGGCCCUGAAAAUGACAGACGCUCAGGUCAAAACCUGGUUUCAGAACAGAAGAACAAAAUGGAGGAGGCAGACCGCUGAGGAGAGGGAGGCAGAGCGACAGCAAGCCAACCGUCUGAUGUUGCAGCUCCAACAGGAGGCUUUUCAGAAGACUCUGAGUCAACCACUUCAACAAGACCCUCUCUGCCUACACAACUCCUCGCUUUACGCCCUGCAGAACUUACAACCCUGGGCAGAGGACAACAAGGUGACCUCCGUCACCUCAGUUGCAUCUGUGGUGUGACCCACACCUCUCAUAUAUACAAGUUAAUUGAGGAAGGAUUUUGUAGUCCAGUUUUAAAAGCAUUAUAGGAUACUAAUUUUAACUUAAUUUGGGUGGAUCUCUGACAUUCUCACUUGGACUAAUUUCAAGAGCAUCUGUACGAAGCCAUACACUAAUAUAUCUUUUUUUCUUUUUUUUUUUUUAUGAAAACGUAGAAGAGAUCUCACUUUGUAAAAAAAUUAUUUUCCAAUCGUAUGCGGUAUAGAAUCAUUCAAUUUCAGUGCUUUUCGAUUGGAUCAGCUUUGACCCUGAAAUACAGUCGCUAGAGUCUAGUAACAGCUUAAACUGAACUUUUUGUGUUUUUGUUUAUUGCUCAAACAUUUUCAAGAAUAUGUGUUAUUUAAGCCUUGACAUGGAACAAUAUAUUCCAAUUAAAAUGGAAUA